UUGGUGACUUUUGGCUUCUGUGUACGCAAUGCUGGAUUCAACGUCUGCCAUGGAUAGUACGACAAUCUACCAAACCGAUGCCGAAGUUCGCUCGAUUCGAGUUCUUGUUUUUGGAGAUCAGAGUAGCUGUAGCCUGUCGAAGUUGCAGCCGCUACUUUUGAAGAAGGACAAUCCUUACUUGACCUCUUUUAUCGACCAAGUUAAUCACACUCUGAGACACGAGGUAGCUCGACUUCCGACUGCAGAGCGACAAUCGUUUCCAGCUUUCUCCAGCAUCCAAAACCUUGUCUCUCGAGUCUUGAAAGCCGACAAAAAGAACGAGAAUGCGGCGUUAGAGAGUACUUUGGCAACUGUCUAUCAGUUGUGCUGUUUCAUCAGUCACUUCGGAAAUGGCCAAGAAACGUACCCAACGGGCCCGAGUACACACGUCGCCGGGCUGUGCAUUGGAGCACUGGCCGCAGCAGCAGUCAGUUCCUCGCAGUCACUUGGCGAGCUGGUGCAAGCAGGCAUCGAUGCAGUUCGGGUGUCGCUGAGAGUAGGCCUCUUGGUUGCCAGAACGGCAGCUUUGUUCGAUCAUCCACAGUCGAAUAUCAGCUCUUCUUGGUCAUACGUUGUCCCCGAAUCACAAUUCCCACUAGCACUUGCCGAAAAAGCCAUUGCGUCCUACAAGGACAACUCUAACAUUCCUCCUCUUUCCUCGCCGUAUGUCAGUGCAAAGGGCCCAAAUUCUUGGACAGUCAGCGGUCCACCGGCAGUUGUGCAGCACUUCCUGGAAUCUUCGCAGUUUGCGGGGAAAUUGAAGUUUACGCCGAUUGCUGUGCACGCUCCUUAUCAUGCGUCGCACAUCUUCUCUGCGGGAGAUAUAGAACGCGUACUUCGGGACGUUGGUUCGGUCAGCGGCCUCGCAAGCAAAAUACCAUUCGUCUCCAGUUCGACUGCCCGAAAGCCUCUACAAGGGACUCAAUUCCAAGACUUGCUUCAUCAUGUUCUCGAGGGCAUUCUCAUCUCACCUCUGGAUUUGGGAGAAGCAGCCGAGAACAUACAGAAGGUGUUCGAAGCAGCAGGCCCUGCGAGCCAAUGCGCAUUGCUUCCAAUUUCAACCAAUGUUUGUUCGAGUCUCAAGCUCUCAUUUCCGCCAAUGCUUUCGAGGCGUGUCGUUGUCAUUGAUAGCAUCAUGGAGGGCAUUGCAUCAGGUACAGGAUCGAAAUCUUCUAGUACAGCUAGGCCAGGCGACUCCAAGAUCGCUAUCAUUGGGAUGUCUGGAAGAUUUCCAGAAUCCGCAGAUGUUGAAGCAUUCUGGGACCUUCUCUACAAGGGACUUGACGUUCAUCGGCGUGUGCCAGAAGACCGAUACAAUGCAGAGUUGUACUACGAUGCCACUGGCAAGCGUAAGAACACAAGCAAGGUCAUGCAUGGGUGCUGGAUAAACGAACCAGGCCUAUUUGACGCAAAGUUCUUCAACAUCUCACCAAAAGAAGCCGAGCAAUCCGAUCCCGGCCAACGCUUGGCCCUGGCGACCGCGUAUGAGGCACUUGAGAUGGCAGGCAUUGUUGCCGACCGAACACCGUCAACUCAACGAGACCGUGUUGGUGUCUUCUACGGCAUGACCAGUGACGACUAUCGAGAAGUCAGUUGCGGUCAGAAUGUGGACACCUAUUUUAUCCCAGGCGGCAAUCGAGCCUUUACACCGGGCAAGAUCAACUAUUUCUUCAAAUACUGCGGUCCUUCAGUCAGUGUUGACACCGCAUGCUCGUCGAGUCUUGCGGCAAUUCAUUUAGCUUGCAACUCCAUCUGGCGAAAUGAAUGCGAUACAGCCAUUGCAGGCGGUACGAAUGUAAUGUCGAACCCCGAUAGUUUCGCAGGGUUAGACCGUGGGCAUUUUCUCUCAAGGACAGGCAACUGCAACACGUUUGAUGAUGCAGCCGACGGUUAUUGUCGGGCAGAUGCAGUCGGUACAGUUGUCCUGAAGAGGCUUGAGGAUGCAGUCGCAGACCGUGACCCUAUCCUUGGAGUCAUUUUGGGCGCUCAUACAAACCACUCUGCCGAAUCCGUGUCCAUUACACGGCCGCACUGCGGAGCUCAAGAGGAAAUCUUCUCCAAGAUACUCACUGAGUCUGGCGUCCAUCCUCACCAAGUCAGCUACAUCGAAAUGCACGGGACCGGAACUCAAGCCGGCGACGCGACGGAGAUGGCCUCAGUCCUGAAGGUUUUCGCUCCCUCGACUACGAGAUUGCCCCAUGAAAGUCUUUAUCUGGGAUCGACAAAAGCAAACGUCGGCCAUUCUGAGUCCGCAUCUGGAGUCACGGCCCUAAUCAAGGUUCUGUUAAUGAUGCAGAAGAACCUGAUCCCUCCACACUGCGGUAUCAAGGGGAAGAUCAAUCACAAAUUUCCCACCGACCUGGAUAAACGCAAUGUCCAUAUAGCCAAAGCUGUCACAGAGUGGAAGCGAAGGGAUGAACUCAACAACAUACGUCGCGCCUUCGUCAAUAACUUUUCGGCUGCUGGUGGCAACACUGCACUGCUGUUGGAGGAUUAUCCAGAGCUCACAAUGUCUUCGUCAACCCUGGACCCCCGGGCGGCUCACGUGGUGACGAUAUCCGCCAAAUCCAUUCAAUCUCUCAAGGGGAAUGUAGCAAAACUCGCAGAGUUUGUGCGACAGCAUUCACAUACGGAAGGGUUCUUGGCCAAGUUGUCUUAUACGAGCACGGCUCGCCGGAUGCACCAUCCGUUUCGCAUCGCAAUCGCGGCUACAGAUUGCGAGCAGUUGCUUGGCGCUUUAGAGGGAGAAGUCAAUCGGGACAAUCACAAACGAUCUACAGAAGCGCCUGUCGCUUUUGUCUUCAGCGGUCAGGGAUCGCAGUAUAGCGCUAUGGGCCAGCAUUUACUGCAAUUUGCAAGCUUUCGCGAGGAGAUCAACUCUUACGACCUCUUGGCGCGACGGCACGGAUUUCCAUCCAUUUUGCCGCUUAUUGACGGAUCCGCCAAUAUUGACGAUCUCGAGCCGCUCGUUGUCCAACUAGGCACUACAUGUGUGCAGAUGGCACUUGCAAGCUUCUGGGUGUCACUGGGAAUGCAGCCGGCCUAUGUUGUCGGCCACAGUCUGGGUCACUACGCUGCUCUAAAGGCCGCGGGUGUUCUCACGGCAAGCGAUACCAUUUACCUUGUCGGCAUGAGAGCCCGACUCCUGCAAGAGAAAUGCAGCAGAGGAAGCCACGCGAUGCUGGCAAUCCGAAGCAGCGUCGAUCAGAUCCAGACAUAUUUGGAUUCAACUCUUCAUGACGUUGCGUGCAUUAACGGUCCACAAGAUACAGUCGUCAGUGGCUGUGUAGAUGAUAUUGAAGAACUUGCUCGGAAACUCACAGACAGCGGCCUGAAGGCAACGAGGGUCAACGUUCCGUUUGCGUUCCAUUCGGCACAGGUUGACCCGGUAUUGGAUGGACUGGAAGCCAUUGCUUCUCAAGUCACGUUCCACUCUCCGCGCGUGCCAAUAGGCUGUCCUUUACUAGGCAAGACAUUCCAUGCCGGCGAGAUGCCUUCCUUUGAGGCCAAGCACAUCAGCCGUCAUUGCAGAGAAGCUGUCAACUUCCAUGGCGUUCUGCAGUCAGCUAAAGCAGACGGCGUGAUCUCCGAAAAGACGACCUGGAUCGAGCUAGGCCCGCACACAGUCUGCUCAACCCUUCUUAAAGCAAAUCUUGGACAAGACGUCACUGCUGUUCCUUCCCUGAUGCGCAAUAAAGAUGGGUGGCAAGUUCUCACUUCAAGUCUGGCAACCUUGUAUUGUCAGGGGUUGACCAUAACUUGGGACGAGUAUCACCGCGACUUUGAAGGAUGCAAAGAGGUGUUGCCUUUGCCGGCUUAUAGCUGGGAUAACAAGAGGUAUUGGAUUGAGUAUGUGCAUGAUUGGCUGCUCACACGGGGUGAUCCUCCUGUUCAGCCCACCGCCCCAGCACCAGCGCCCACUUCUUUCUCAACCGCCUCUGUUCAUCGGAUUGUGCAUGAGCUCGUCGACAAAGGAAAACUCAGCAUCACAGCGGAGUGUGAAUUUACAAGCGAGCAGUUGCGCGAAGUCGUGUACGGCCAUGUCGUCAAUGGCAACCGAGUUUGCACGUCGUCAUUGUACACAGAUUUUGGCGUGACAUUGGGCAAUUAUGUCUUGGGCAAAUAUCGUCUGGAUCUCAAAGAUCACUCGGUGGAUGUCCAGGACAUGGUUGUUCAUAAAGCUCUGGUCCACAAGGAAGGUUCACCGAUGCUACUUAGGAUCGACAUUAACCAUGAUGUAAGCGUCAGCAAGGAUGCAUCGAUGUCCAUUUACAGCAUCAAUGCCAUGGGCAAGAAGACAGUCGACCAUGCUCAAUGCACGCUUUCCUUCGAGCAGCCCAAGGUCUGGCUCAAGAGCUGGGAUAGUACUCAAUACUACGUUGAGCGCAGUAUUGAGUGGCUCAAAGGGAAAGCUGAUCAAGGUCUCAACAGUCGUCUUUCCUCUGGUGUAAUCUAUAAGCUGUUCUCCAGUCUGGUUGACUACAGUAACGCUUACAAGGGCAUGCAAGAGGCUAUCGUUGACGCCGAGGACUUUGAGGCAACGGCUCUAGUUCGGUUCCAAGUUGAUGAGGGCAAUUUCCACUGCAAUCCCAUGUGGAUUGAUAGCUGUGGUCAGCUUGCUGGAUUCUUGAUGAACGGCCAUUCCAAGACGCCCAAAGAUCAAGUGUUCAUCAACCACGGCUGGCAGUCCUUCAGAGCCGUAAGGAAGUUCUGCAAAGACAAGACAUACCGCACCUAUGUCAGGAUGCGACCCAUUGAAGGCACCACUUAUGCCGGAGACGUCUACAUCUUUGAUGAUGAUGGUAUUGUCGGCGUUUGUGGUAGCAUUACUUUCCAAGGUAUUCCUCGUAAGGUACUAAACAACGCGAUGCCGCCGCCGAAAUCUGUCAGUGAGCCUCAAGUACAGGCACGUUCUGUGGCGAGAGCGGAGGCCCCGAAGAAGAAUUCAGCUGCGCCAAUUCCCAUAGCCCGCACGCAUGACACCAAGAUUGAACCGCAGAAGCUCGAAGCGGCUCUGAAGUCUGCUUCUGCUGCGGCAGUUGCGAAAGAACCUCUGCAGGCCGUCAUCAAGAUCUUGUCUGAAGAGAUCGGCAUUCCUUUAGCCAGUAUCCAGGAUGAUCUUGCUUUUGCGGACUACGGGGUUGACUCCCUUCUCUCCCUCACAAUUUCCGGACGACUGCGCGAGGAACUUGACUUGGACGUUGAGUCGUCAGCCUUUGAGGCUUGCGCAACAUUUGCCGAGUUCGCUGCCCACCUGGGCUUGAAGAAUUCCACAUCAGAUCAAUCUUCCGAGCAGUCAAGUGUCUUUGAGAUGGUCUCUCCACUCAGCGACAGCUCUGACGCCAUGACUAGCAACGCCAUCACUACCCCAACUCGAAGUCUACCUGAAUCGGUGUCUGGGAGUAUAUGUAAAGAUGUGUGUGCUAUUCUGGCAGAAGAGAUUGGCGUGUCUACGACUGACAUUAUGAAUAAUGCAAACCUUGGUGAAAUGGGCAUGGAUUCGCUUAUGUCGCUGACAGUACUCGGCCGCAUCCGCGAAGAAUUGGAGAUUGAGCUAGAUGCUGAUUUCUUCGUAUCGCAUCCCACUUUUGACUCAUUCAAGCACUUCUUCCAGCCAGCUGCCAAGGAACAAGUUGAGCCAGAGCCGUUGGGCGAGCUGAAGCAGUACCGGGCAACUUCAACGCUGCUGCAGGGCAGCCCCAAGUCUGCGCUCUAUACUCUGUUCCUCCUUCCAGACGGAUCUGGCUCCGCGACCUCGUACGCGCCCAUCAACGCAGUCGGCAAAGAUGUCUGUGUGUACGGCCUCAACUGUCCCUGGUUGAAGUCGGCCGACAAAUUGGUUCAGUUUGGUCUAAAGGGAUUGGCUUCGCUCUACAUUGAGGAGAUUAGGCGCCGAGCACCACACGGACCGUACAGUCUGGGAGGCUGGUCAGCGGGAGGCAUUUGUGCCUAUGAAGCAGCAAUCCAAUUGACACGCGCAGGCGAAACAGUCGAACGCCUGAUUCUUCUCGAUUCUCCCAAUCCGAUUGGUAUCGAAAAGCUGCCCGCACGACUCUUCGAUUUCAUUAAUGGCCUGGGACUUUUUGGGGAGGGAAAAGCGCCAGACUGGCUCCUCGCUCACUUUCUUGCAUUUAUCGACGCACUCGAUGAGUGGAAACCAGUCCCAUGGGAGAAGGCUCUCUGUGGCAAAGCAUCACCACCCAAGACAUAUAUACUCUGGGCUGAGGAUGGCGUAUGCAAGGACACGGACGCACGCCCAGAAUACAGAGACGACGACCCGAGAGAGAUGCGGUGGCUGCUGGAGAAUCGGACAAAUUUCGGCGGGAAUAACUGGGAGAUUCUGCUCGGUAGCGAGAAUCUGUCGAUUGAGCGUAUACACGAUGCGAACCACUUUACAAUGCUGCACAAGGGCAAGAACACAGAGCGUGUAGCAGAGUUUAUUAAGGGCACUUUCUCAAGGUAA